GCGUCGGUGCGGACCCCGGCUGGCCGCGUGCGGGAACCGGCGUAACGGCACUGAAACGUCCCUGGGCUCAGGAGCCCCGGCGACGCGAACGGAGCGUCCCGGGAGGAAGAGAAGAGGAGAAAGGCGGCUCGUCCCGCGUCCCCGCCGAGGCCUCGGCAGACCCACGCCGUGACCCGGGCUGACCCCUCCGUGGAGCUGUGGCCCGCGCUGAGGGCGCCUCGAUAGUAAGCGCCGCGGCCGGCGCCGCCCCGAACGUCCCCGCGCAGCUCCUGGCUCCCCAAGUCAGAGGAAACACCCUGGUGGAGGUCUCCAGCCACAGAACCAGAGAUGGCAUCCGUGGAUUUUAAGACCUAUGUGGAUCAGGCCUGCAGAGCUGCUGAAGAGUUUGUCAAUGUCUACUACACCACCAUGGAUAAGCGGCGACGUUUGCUCUCCCGCCUGUACAUGGGCACAGCCACCCUGAUUUGGAAUGGAAAUGCCGUUUCAGGACAGGAAUCUUUGAGUGAGUUUUUCGAAAUGUUGCCUUCCAGUGAGUUCCAGAUUAAUGUGGUAGACUGCCAGCCUGUUCAUGAUGAAGCCACGCCAAGCCAGACCACAGUCCUCGUUGUGAUCUGUGGAACAGUGAAGUUUGAGGGCAACAAACAACGGGACUUCAACCAGAAUUUCAUCCUGACCACCCAGGCCUCAUCCAGCAACACCGUGUGGAAGAUUGCAAGUGAUUGCUUCCGGUUCCAGGACUGGGCCAGCUAGUAGGAACAACAAAAGCCUCUGUGCUUCAAACCCAGCUCUGUAGAGACACUUACAUCUCGAGUCUAGGAUGUAGGGUACACACAUUCAUCUCUGUCAUUACAGGGACACUGCAGACUACACUGUGCUGAGGCUAAACUCUUUGGAGGUUAGAGGUUGCUUGAGUUCUAGGAGCCCCCUUCCUAAGUAUACUUGUUUGUUAUAGUUUCCUUUUAAAAGUAGUAAACUUUUCUAUUUUUCUACUUGCCCAGUGAAGACCCUGAUUCUGGAAAUUUUGACAUAUAAUAUAAUAAUACAAAUGUUGCUACUU